GAAGGCGUUGGCAUUUCCACGCCGCGUCGGUUUGUGCGCUUUGCUGAGUGACUAUGGUGGAGCUGGAGAAGGAGGUUCUGCCGCUGCCGCCACGGUACCGGUUCCGAGACCUGUUGCUCGGGGACUGGCAGACCGACGACAGAGUGCAGGUAGAGUUCUAUGUGAAUGAAAACACUUUCAAGGAACGUCUGAAGCUGUUCUUCAUCAAAAACCAAAGAUCCAGUUUGAGAGUGCGACUCUUCAACUUCUUCCUGAAGGUUCUGAGCUGCCUGCUCUACAUCGUACGAGUCCUGCUAGACGACCCGCGGGAGGAGAGAGACUGUCCUGGCUGUCUCAGACAGAAUGCAUCUGCUCACAACAGAAGCCAUUUUGACUGGUCCCUCAUUAUUUGGGUGAACAGGCCUCUGCCACUCUGGGCUCUUCAGGUGCUUGUUGCAUUCAUCAGUUUUUCAGAGACCAUGUUGCUGGUGUACCUCAGCUACAAGGGGAACGUUUGGGAGCAAGUGUUGCGCAUUCCGUUCGUUCUGGAGAUGAUCAGCGCCGUUCCUUUCGUGAUCACUGUGAUUUUGCCCUCCCUCAGAAACUUGUUCAUUCCUGUUUUCCUGAACUGCUGGCUGGCCAAACACGCUCUUGAGAACAUGAUUAAUGACCUGCACAGAGCGAUUCAGCGAACACACUCGGCCAUGUUCAACCAGGUGCUCAUCCUUAUCAGCACCCUGCUCUGCCUCAUCUUUACCUGUAUUUGUGGUAUUCAGCACUUGGAACGAGCAGGGAACAACCUGACGCUCUUUGACUCUCUGUAUUUCUGUGUUGUCACCUUCUCUACGGUGGGAUUUGGUGAUGUUACACCUCAGAUCUGGCCCUCACAGCUGCUGGUGGUCAUCAUGAUCUGUGUGGCUCUUAUAGUUCUACCAAUACAGUUUGAGCAGUUGGCUUUCUUGUGGAUGGAGCGACAGAAGUCUGGAGGGAACUACAGCCGCUAUCGUGCCCAGACCGAGAAGCACGUGGUGUUGUGUGUCAGCUGUCUCAAGAUAGACCUACUCAUGGACUUUCUCAACGAGUUCUUCGCACACCCCAGACUGCAGGACUACUAUGUGGUCAUCUUAUGUCCCGCUGAGAUGGAUGUCCAGGUGCGAAGGAUACUGCAUAUCCCGCUAUGGGCUCAGAGGGUCAUCUACCUGCAGGGAUCUGCUCUCAAAGACCAGGACCUAAUGAGGGCGAAGAUGGAUGAUGCCGAGGCCUGUUUUAUCUUAAGCAACCGAUUUGAAGUGGACCGCUUUGCCGCUGACCAUCAGACCAUUCUUAGGGCCUGGGCCGUGAAGGACUUUGCCCCAAACUGCCCUCUCUACGUGCAGAUCCUCAAACCCGAGAACAAGUUUCACAUCAAGUUCGCAGACCAUGUGGUUUGUGAGGAAGAGUUUAAGUAUGCCAUGUUGGCCCUCAACUGUGUGUGUCCUGCCACCUCCACCCUGAUCACCUUAUUGAUUCACUCCUCUAGAGGACAAACAGCAUCUUCAGAGGCCUUCAAGCAGCGAGCAGGCGCCUUCCAGCCCCUCAACAGGGAAGGCGGUGCUGGCUCCGUCGACCAAUGGCAGCGCACGUACCGGCGGUGUGCAGCCAAUGAGGUCCACCACAUCCAGCUGGAAGAGAGCAAGUUUUUUGGAGAAUAUCAGGGAAAGAGUUUCACUUUUGCCUCCUUUCAUGCACAUAAGAAAUACGGUGUGUGUCUGAUCGGGGUGCGCAGGAUGGACACAGCCAACAUCCUCUUGAACCCCGGACCCUGCCACAUCAUGGGAGCUUCCGACACCUGUUUCUACAUCAACAUCUCCAAGGAGGAGAACUCAGCCUUUGUCAGGGGCCACAGAGAGCCAGUCAGGGGCCCCGGGGGUGACUCCAGAGGGGUCUCGCAGACAAUCUAUCAUGGCCUCACUCGACUACCAGUGCACAGUAUUAUUGCCAGCAUGGGCACGGUAGCCAUAGACCUGCAGGACUCCAGUGACAGCAGUCCAGAAGGCUCGGGUCCGCCGGCUCUGGGCAGUGGGAGUGUGAGCAGGAGUGGCUCCAGGACAGAAGUGGGCGGCUGUAACACUCUAGCGCUGCCCGCCAUGAGUGGCUCAGGGGAGGAGAGGAGACACAGCAUCGCCCCCGUCCUGGAGGUGGUUGAGGGGGUGCACAGCGCUACAUUUGACCUGCUAGGGGACCAAUCGGAGGACGAGGGAGGAGAGGAAGGGAAGGAGGAAGACGGGGGAGAGCAGAAAGGCCAGUGGUGGGGAGCACACUGCGAAUGGGUCAAAGGCUACCCGCUAAAUUCUCCAUACAUCGGCAGCUCUCCUGCCCUCUGCCACCUCCUGCAGGAGAAAAUGCCAUUUUGCUGUCUGCGCCUGGAUAAGGCUUGUCAUCAUAUGCCCUACGAGGACGCUCGCUCAUACGGCUUUAAAAACAAACUGAUUAUCGUGUCCGCAGAAAGUGCUGGAAACGGCCUCUAUAACUUCAUCGUUCCGCUGCGGGCGUAUUAUCGGCCCAGGAAGGAGCUCAACCCCAUCGUUUUGCUACUGGAGAAUGUACCUGAGGCAGACUUCCUGGAGGCCAUCUGCUGGUUUCCUAUGGUUUUCUACACCGUGGGCUCCAUCGACAAUUUGGAUAGUCUCCUGCGUUGUGGUGUGACGUUUGCUGACACCAUGGUUGUGGUGGACAAAGAGAGCUCCAUGAUCGCUGAGGAGGAUUACAUGGCUGAUGCCAAGACCAUUGUUAAUGUUCAGACGCUCUUCAGGCUUUUUCCUGCUCUCAGUAUCAUAACUGAACUCACCCACCCGGCCAACAUGCGCUUCAUGCAGUUCAAAGUGAAAGACCACUAUUCUCAAGCUCUCUCCAAACUGGAAAAGAAAGAGAGAGAGAGAGGCUCUAACCUGGUGUUCAUGUUCAGAUUACCGUUUGCAGCUGGGAAGGUGUUUAGUGUCAGUAUGUUAGACACUCUGUUGUAUCAGUCCUUUGUGAAGGACUACAUGAUCUCCAUCACCAGACUGCUGCUAGGUCUGGACUCCAUGCCUGGAUCUGGCUUCCUGUGUGCUAUGAAGAUCACAGAGGAGGAUUUGUGGAUUCGCAGUUAUGGUCGUCUCUACCAGAAGCUGUGCUCGUCGACAGGAGACAUUCCCAUCGGCAUCUACCGCACUGAAGUGCAUAAACUGCCCGUCUCAGAGUCUCAGGUGUCCAUCACGGUGGAGGACUACGAGGAUACGCGCGAACCCCGCGAGCCUCUGCUCUGCCGCUCCCGUCUUAAGCGUAACUCCACGUCGUCCGAGCCUCCCUCAUCCUCAUCAUCAUCACACGCCAUGGACCACCCGCUCCUGAGGAGGAAGAGCAUGCAGUGGGCGCGGCGGUUGAGUCGUAAAGGUGGGCGGGGCUCCAGCGGGGCCAAGGGAGUGGGGAGCGCCGCCGAGCGCAUCAGCCAGCAGAGACUCAGCCUGUUCCGCCGCUCCGAGAGACAGGAGCUCAACGCUUUGGUCCGCACACGCAUGAAGCACCUGGGGCUCUCGCCAUCUGGAUUUAAUGGGAUGACUGACCAGGGCAACAGACUGUCUUAUAUUCUUAUCAACCCUUCCCCCGACACACGCCUGGAGCUCCAUGAUGUCGUGUAUCUGAUCAGACCAGACCUUCUGUCACCAGUGCCUAACCAGGCCGGCGGUCGCAAGCCCAGCGCAGGGCCAGCGGAGGGACACAGAUUUGACACACAGGACAGCACUCAUCUAUAAACACAAUUACCACAGGCCACCAGCAGCACGAGAAGAUGGGGACAUACUUCUAUAUAUAUGUGUGUGUGUGUGUGUGUGUGUGUGUGUGUACGGUUGAGAGAGAGAGAGGGGAAUACCUGUGCAGAUGGGACUGUGAGCUAAUCUACACUGUAAAAAGUGAUCUAGCUUUUAGUUGCCUUCAAUCAGCUUUCAUGUUAAAUUGUCAAUACAACUGAAACUGUUGAGAGAACACGAUUUUUAAGCUUUCAUUGAAUCAACUAAUGGAUGCUUUU